AUGUCCGUCUCUUACAGGGACUGGACGGAGAGGUGGGAGAGACACAGAGAAAUCUGUGGAACGCCCGGAAACCAAGGAAAGAUGUCCUGCUUCACUGCGGACGAGAGCAAGGAAAAGCCUACCACCAACAAUAACAAGAAGAGAAACAACACCAACAAUUCUGGCUGCCUGAACAGGAAGAUGACAGCACUGCAAAAUGUCUUCAGGGCCAUGUCCCCAAGGUCCAGUGCCGAUCAUGGCGCUCGAACCAACGGGACAUCAAGCAGCCACAACCGCACCAGCUCAUCCAGUUCCAGCAGGAGUCUUGGCAAGGCAAGUCGCCGCACUGAGGAGAAAAAUGCCAGAAAGGAGACAAAGGCCCUGAGGCUGCAGGCCGAACGGGAGGAGAUUGAGGAGAGGAGAAAACUUGAGGACCAGGUCGCCAUGCAAGAAGAGGACGAGGAGACCCGCGCGAGGUACGGCUGGGUCCGGGAGGCCAAGGAGCUUCUCACCAUUCGGGAGGUUACUGAACUCUCCGAGGGUGCAGAGGUCACCUUCCGUGCCCGCAUUCACCACCAGCGCAACAUCUCCAAGCAUCUCGACUUUCUGCUCUUCCGCGACCAGACCCACUCCCUCCAGGGCGUGCUGCAGCACGACACGUCCCACUUCGUCAAGUGGGUGCAGCGUCUCGAGCCAGAGUCGCUCGUGCAGGUCACCGGAACGCUUCAGGCACCCCCUGAGCCAGUCCGGUCCGCUACCCAUAAGGAUCUUGAGGUCAAGAUCUACUCGAUUCACGUCGUCAAUGCCGCUCGCGACCUGCCUUUCGACAACUAUGAGCCCCCUGAGACGACCCAGGCGCGCUUGUCGAACCGUAUUCUCGACCUCAGGCACCCCAGCAACCAGGCUCUAUUCCGCAUCAGGGCUAUGGUGACAAGGAAAUUUCGCGACGUCCUUGACCGCGAUGGCUUCAUCGAGAUUCAGACUCCUAAACUACAGCCUGCCGCCACCGAGAGCGGAGCCGAGGUCUUCAAGGUCAACUAUUUCGGACGUCGUGCCUUCCUGGCACAGAGCCCGCAGCUGGCCAAGCAGAUGACCGUGUCUGCCGACUUUGGCAAGGUGUAUGAGAUCGGUCCAGUCUUUCGCGCCGAGAAUUCUAACACCAAACGCCACCUUGCCGAGUACACCGGACUCGACGUGGAGAUGGCUAUCCAAAAGGACUACCAUGAAGUGAUCAACGAGGUAGACAGGUUCCUCAAGGAGGUGUUCCGCACUCUCCAGUCCAUGCCUGAGCUGGAAGUUGUCCGUCAACGGUGGCCAUCUGAGGACCUCGUCUGGCUAGAGGAGACGCCCAUCAUCCCCUUCAGCGAGGGUUUGCAGAUGCUUCGAGACGAUGGCAUCGAUGUCGAGGAGGAGGAUUUGUCGACCCGGAACGAGAUUCGACUCGGCGAACUUGUCAAGGAGAAGUACAAGACCGACUACUACGUCCUCGACAAGUUCCCAGCCAAUGCACGGCCAUUUUACACCCACAAAGAUGCCACCGACCCCAAAUGGACCAACUCUUUCGACAUGUUCAUCCGUGGCCAAGAAAUUUGUUCCGGUGGCCAGCGUAUUCAUGAUGCCGUCGUACUGCGUGAGAACAUGCGACAAAUGGGACUGUCAGAAGAUGGCAUGGAGCACUACCUCGCCGCCUUCGAUCUCGGUGCACCACCCCAUGCCGGUGCUGGUCUCGGUCUAGAGCGAAUCCUGGCCUGGACCCUGCAGCUCGUCGACGUGCGCUACGCGACUCUGUACCACCGCGACCCCAAAUCAAUGCCUGAACGAAAUGUGCGCUUGGCCCACCCGGAGUGCGACACGAAGCACGUCAAGCCCGAGGGCGUAGACUACCCGCUCGAGAAGCUCAUCGCCAACUACGGCGAUGCUACCAACACGUCGUGGCUCGAUGAUCGGUUCGAGAUCUGGCGGCACCACACCACCGGCGCCGCCGUGGGGUACGUCCGGAAAGACAACAAGUUCGCCAUGGUAACUGGUGACCCACUCUGUGACCCAUCUCAAACCAACGAGGUCGCAAAGGCAUUCGUCAAGUUCGUUGAGAAAGACCUCAAGCUCACACCGAUCUGGAUGCUGGUGUCCGAGUCCGUGCAGGAAGUUCUCGGCCGCAACCUGGGCUGGCGCACCCUCACCUGCGUUGAGGAGCAGCGCGUGGAUGCUGAUAAGCACGCGGCCGGGCCACAGGGCCGCGAGGCAAGGAAGGUCGAGCGCGAGGGUAUCGACAUCGACGAGCUGCGGCCCGACGAGGACUUCAUGCGCCGCGCAGACGCCUCCAUCGAGCAAUGGAUGGAGAAGCGCAAGGGCAAGAAGCAAGUGCACCUGACCGAGAUCAGGCCUUGGGUCGACAUGGAGCAUCGUCGGUACUGGGCGGCGCAGAAGGACGUCGAGGAAGACGGCAAGAAGGUGAAGAAGGUCAUGGCGAUGGUGGUGCUCGCACAGCUCGCACCCCGGCACGGCUGGCAGGUCAAGUGGGCGCUUGACUUCCCCGGCACGCCGCCAGGGGUCAUUGAGGCAACGAUCCAAACCGCACUGGCCGCGCUCACCGGGCCCGUGACCUUCGGCGCCGGCGUCAGCGAGAAGCUCCUCCCUGGGGCGCACCUGGGCGGCGUGCGCGCCAAGUUCCUCGCCAAGACGUACGACACCAUCAUCAAGAGCCUGAGGCUCAACAAGAAGAGCGAGUUCCGCGAGAAGUUCGGCGCAUAUGGCGAGCCGGUCUAUCUGUGUUACCCUCGGAUGGGCCUCGGCGUGAGAGACUUCAAGCAUAUUGUCCAGUUUUUCGAAGACUAG